AUGACCGACGACGGGCCAUCUUUGUGUAUGCGGGGAGUCCAGCCGAUCAUGUCGGUGGUCAGCGCGGAGUCCUCCAACGCGGACGAUGAGUCUCUCCUCGAGGGCACCAGCAGCGCCGCGGGCGCCCCGCUCUGGGCGUUUGUGCUCGGUGGCUUCCUUCCGGUGCCGGUCGUCUAUGUCACCUUCGUGCGGCUCCAGUCGGCGUGGGGCGCGGCGCUGGCGCUCGAGGCCGCCUUCGUCCUCGUCCCGGCCGCCAUCUGCGCCGUGUGGCCCGAGACCCGGAAGCGUGUCGCCGCCGCGGCAAGGCAGGCGAUGGGCGGGAGCGGCGGGCAGCAGCUGAGCCUGAGAGCGCAGCUGCUCGCCGCGGUGGCGCUCGGCGGCGCCACCCUCGUCGGCGCCGCCCUCGCCAUCCUCCUCUUUGAGCACUUCUUCGCCUCCGAGUGGAGCCACGCCACUCGCCAGGUGCGGCGCGAGGCGCUCAUCUACGGCUUCUCGCGCAGCGACGAGCAGGGCGUCGCUCUCUUCGGCGCGUGGUUCUGCGCGGUCAACCCGCUGCUCGAGGAGCUCUUCUGGCGCAUCUUCCUCGCCCACGGCUUCGACCACCGCGCCGCCUCCCACUUCCUCCCCGCCAACGCCGCGCCGCGCGCCAUCCAAAAGUACCACGCCAACGUGGUCUUCGUCUUCCUGCCGCUGCCCGCCGCCGCCGCCGCCGUCGCAGGCCUGGUCGGGUACGGCGUGCUACUGCAGCUGCUCGUGUCGCGGGUGGGGCUCGUCGGCGCCGACGCCGCCGUGAUCCUCGGCCUGACUGACGCCAUCUGGGAGUACCUGCGGCGCUGA